UUCCAGUAUAGUCUGGUCAAAGAUUAAAAUUUUGUUAACAAUUUUACCAAUAAAAGUCAGAGCGCUUUCCUUAAAUACCCUCGCCCUGCAAGAUUCUGCCAUGGUACGUUGUGAAAAACAAAGAGCAUAGAGAAAGAAAAAAGAGAGAGUGAUUCCCACGCGCCACCCGGCUGCUCUGUUCUCGUCGUCAGGUAGAAAGAAGCCUCUCCUCCGGAGCCUUCCUACUACAUGGUGAGCGGCGGAACUAGGGAUUCCUCUGAUCGAGAAAUGGAGCAAUUCGCGGAGGUUGAUCCGACUGGGCGGUACGGGCGGUACAGCGAGCUACUAGGGUGUGGGUCCGUGAAGAAGGUGUACCGCGGGUUCGACCAGGAAGAGGGCAUUGAAGUGGCUUGGAACCAAGUGAAGCUCCGCAACUUCGCGGACGAUCAGCAAGUUCUAGACCGUCUCUAUUCGGAGGUUCGGCUCUUGAAGACUCUGAAGCACAAGAGCAUAAUUGCUCUGUACUCUGUUUGGACCGACCAGGAACGCAGCACUCUCAAUUUCAUCACAGAAGUGUGCACUUCUGGGAAUUUGAGGGAGUACCGGAAGAAACACAGACAUAUCUCUAUCAAGGCGCUGAAGAAAUGGUCGAAGCAGAUCCUCAAGGGGCUGGAGUAUUUGCACACUCAUGAACCGUGCGUCAUUCACCGAGAUCUCAAUUGCAGUAAUAUCUUCAUCAAUGGCAAUGUGGGUCAGGUGAAAAUUGGGGAUCUUGGUUUUGCAACUAUUGUGGGGAAGAGUCACUCUGCACACUCUGUUCUUGGGACUCCAGAGUUCAUGGCACCAGAACUGUACGACGAGAACUACACGGAGCUGGUGGACAUUUACUCGUUUGGAAUGUGCGUUCUUGAAAUGGUGACCGUGGAGAUGCCUUACAGCGAGUGCGAGAAUGUGGUGAAAAUAUACAAGAAGGUGUCUUCCGGUAUAAGGCCACAAGCUAUGGAUAAAAUCAAAGAUCCUGAGGUUAAGGCUUUCAUUGAGAAGUGUCUUGGAAACCCGAGCGACAGACCUUCUGCUUCUGAACUUCUUCAGGACCCUUUCUUCUUUGGGAUAACCGACAACUAUGAUGAUGACGAUAAUGACAACGCCAACAACCAUGGGAGUAGUUCGCGUAGAUAACACUAUGCCCUGAAACAGUUAAGGAAAAUGCUACUUUAAUCCCAUGGAUGACACAAAGGGUUUGUUAGACACCGUCAGAGUCAACCACACACAGAGUCACUGUGAGACACUGGCGUUGUCAACCGUGGUGUCAUCCAUUUGGUGUGAUUGUAGCAUGACCCGUGAGGUAAGCGUGUAACUAGUGUUUUGCUUUUCACCCCCUCUAUGGAGCUGUUUGGGGUUUGUUUUAAAGUGUUCUAGUCUGUCAACGUAGAGAUUUGAAAGUUUUUUUCUUCUUUGAAUUUGUGUAAAAAAACAAAAGAGGGGAGAAAAUGGAAAUGAGUAGUUUUUUUAAGGUGUGGAUUGUAAUAUUGUAUAAUUGUGGAUGUUGGAAGUUGUUAUUUGUUGUUCUUCUGGCAUUCCAAGAAACAAACAAUCAUGGG